AUGGUCCGUUGUGCUUGUGCUUCCAAAGUUCUGAGAAUUCUUGGACAGAUGACGUUGAAGGCUUUGAAGGCUUUGAAGGCUUUGAAGGCCCGGCGGUGGGCUUAUGUCAGGGCAGCUUGGCCAGCUAACCAAGUCCGGAAAUGGUCUUUUGUCUUGCUGCGCCACGGCCGUCAGGCCCUGACCAAAGUGCAAGGUCUGGUAAGCUUGGUUCGGGGGGAUAUGACCUCUAUGAGAGGUCCCAAGGUACACCUGAAGUGGAACGAGUUAAGGGGUGCGAGCUCACUACGAAUCAAGAUCCGGCAGCGCAACAGUAGUCUGCAGCACCAUAUAGGAAGCAGUAAGGAUAUGAGGCAUUCAUCAUCUGUUACAUACAUGGCUGACCUGGAACUUGCGAUCCUACCGAAAGAAGUUGAACCAUCUUGUCGUUACGUUCAUGGUGGAAGGGGACGGGGACCAGCGUUCAUUGGCCUCACGUUGCUGGCUCGUAGAUUGGCAACGCCUUUCGAGAAUUAA